AUGGAAAUGCGAACGAAAAACUGCACCAAAAUAUCCGGCUAUCUCGAGAAGAAAGGCAAAAGGAAGAUGAUCGGCCUGUACAAAAAGUACUGGUUCGUCCUCGAAGGCGGUUUACUACUCUACUAUCGCUCGAAGGACGAUUACGAAACGAUAUCACCCUGCAAAGGCACCAUCAACUUAGGCCCACCCUGCAUAGUGAAACCCUGCCCUUCGAUACCCGGAGUAUUCCAACUACAAACCAGAACAUCCACCAUCACACUAAGGGCGGAGAACCGCGACGAGCAGACCAAAUGGAUGCAGGCCAUCGUCUCCGAAGUCAGCCCCCAGAAGGCCGUCCAGCGCAUGAGCCACUUCCGCUACUCCCUCGAGAGCGUCGAGACGCCGCCCCACGAGGACAUCAUCCAGCGGCUGCAGCGCAUGGGGGCCCACAGCUACAGCCCGCUGGGGCGGCCGCCGCUCGACUGCAAGGACUCCAAGUCCUCGGAGCACCUCUACGAGAUGGUGUCCAGGGGCGAGGAGGAGCCGCCCAGGUCCUCCACGCUGCCCGCCAGGAGGCAGCGCGCCCGGCCCGAGUCGAUGCUGGUGGAGAACGUGGAGUACGCCGGCGUGGGGGAGAAGCGGCCGCGGAAGAAGGUCAAGUCGUUGUUCGGCAGGAGGGACUCCAAGGUGGAGUAUCUGACGGUGGUGAACGAUUGUUACGCCGGCGUGAAGAAGCGGGAGCUGGAGGAGAUGAUCGAUCACAACGAGAAUGAGCUGGUGGAUGGGGAGGAUGUGAACAGGAGUGGAGAGGAAAAUGCUUAUUCUAUACCGUGUUUCUUCGAUGAUGAGGUUAGGAAUGAGGUUUUGUAUGAAGAUAUCGAGAGGAAUAACGUGGAGUACGCCGAACCGACAAUCGUACAGGAGCAAGUGCAGGGUAAGAAGAAGAACAAAAAGAAGCAAGAGAAGAAGGCGCCGGUUGCGGAGAAGCCCAACAAAGUGAAGAAACAGACGAGUUUCAUACGAAGAGUGUGGAGGAUCAUCGAGAAAAAGGACGAGAAAAAGGAACCCGUCCAGGAGAUAAUCAAAAAGGACCAAAUCGACAAACCACCGGCGGACGAUUCGUCGGCCUUGAGGAUGCUUUCCGAAUUGCAAAAUUUAUUGGAGCAAAAAAUGCCCGUAUUGACUGAAAAACUCGCAACUAACACAACCAGAACGAAAUUCGACCACACCAAGCAAGACCCGGACAAAACCAAACAACCACAAUUACCCAGCAGCACCCUCACAGCAGACAAUCCGCGACACCCGGAGCCCCACCAGAUGGCGGCGCUGCCGCCGAAGAAGCUCAGGAAGCCGCCGGAGCAGGACAAGAGCCUCGACGAGAUCCUGCACGAGCUCGACGCCCAGCCCACCAAGGGCAAGGAGAACACCGUCAGGCGGCUGAUCCAGCGCUUCAGCGAGCCCGAUUUCGCCGACGGCGUCGUGUUGCGCGGGCGUCGCGCCGCCCGCAAGGACGACGUCGACGCCGACGAGCUGGGCAGGCUGCUGCAGGAACUGGCCAAGGUGACCAGCGCCCCGGUGCUCGCGCCCGGCGUCACAUCCAGCCUCAACGGGGCCAGUUUGAACGACGAAGAGUUUUCCAGAUUGUUGCCGAUGAAGCAGAGGCGGUUCUCCGAGCCGGAUUACGACGUGCCCAGGCCGCACAAGUCUCUGACGAUCAUGCAGAGAAGGGAGAUGAUGUCGGAGAAUGUUAUCGGAUCGACGAGGUUCUUCGGGCCCAUUUUGAAACCGGUCGAUUUGAUUGUUGCGAACAACAGGCCGUGCUCGCCCUCUCAAUUGCACAGCAUCACGCCGGAUUCGUUGGAAAUGGGCGAGGGCUCCGAGUAUUGCAAAUUCGUCAAUAGGAGAUCGAGGAUCAAGGAGCGCGAGGAGCCCGACGAGUGUUCGGUGGAGAACGAAAUCUACGCGGAGCCGAGAUCGAUCUCGUCGGGCGUCGAUAGGCCGGGGGCCCAAGAGGCGGAGUACGAGGAGUUCGUGGAUUCCUUGGAAAUUUACCGAAACGAAAUUUCGACGAAUUUUUGA